AUGUGCCAACGCCCGAACGCGUUCAACACGACGGCGCACUCCGACGAGGACCGCCAGGACUUGCACGAUGCUACUCUAGUGGGCGACGACAUUGAGCAGGAUAUGGUGUUGGACUUCCUUCACAACCUGGACAACCCCGCUCGCACGCAAAUAAACGUGAACUUUGAGACACAGAGUGGCAUGACACCUCUCAUCCUUGCGUGCAUCUUGAACCAACACGUCGAUCGUGUUUUGGCGGAACCGACCCUGGACAUCAACUACAAGAACGCUUAUGACUGCAGUGCUCUGAUGGCAGCAUGCGAGGCGAACCAGCUCGAGGUAGUCCAAAAGCUCCUCGCCCAUCCGGCCAUCGAUCUCGGCGAUUUGAAUGCGAGCUUUUGCAUGGCAUGCAAGGGAGGCCACGACUCCGUCGUUGAUUACCUCCUCUCAACAUAUCCCGACAUCGACUUGAACUACGGCAUGACCACCGAAGACGACCAGAUCGAGCACAUCUCCGGGCUGGAACUGGCCAUCAUGAAUGGACAUGAGAAGGUCGUGCUAUCGGUGCUCAAGCAGUGCUUCAGCACCGACUACGCAAAAUUCAAUGCCACCCUUCACGUCCGGGCGAGCGCUCUUAGCAAGGCUUGCCAGGUUGGCAAUGUCAACAUUGCCAAGCUGAUUCUCGCCACGGGCAACUUUGAGAGCAUCCACCUUAGCGACGGCAUGAACGAAGCGUGCUCGAAUGGCCAUCUCCCCAUCGUGCAGCUUCUUGUGGAUGAUUACGAAGUAGACAUCAACUACGGGGAGCCCUUGGAUGCGCUGGACUCGGACGACCCCGACAUGUUUCCGCUAGGAGUCACACCGUUCUACUUGGCGUGCCAGAGCAACCACAAAGAGAUUGUCCAGUACCUUCUGACGCUUCCCUGCCUGGACCCGCGCCAGCUUUGCAGUGCACUAAAUGCCGCUCCAGACAUGGACAUUGUCGACGUGCUAUUGUCGCAUCCAAAGCUCAACAUAAACGACACUGUGGGAGAUCUCCCGCCGCUCACGAUCGCUUGCGUCGACGGCCACCUGCCAAAGCUCGCGCGCCUCCUGGCUGUUCCGGACAUUGACGUGAAUUACCGACACAACAACGAUACAACUGCAUUCAUGAUUGCGUGCUCCAAGGGCUCUGUCGACGCGGUGAAGCUCUUCCUCGGUCACCCCGAACUCGACUUGUCCGCCGUGAACCAGCAUGGCGCGGACGUCCUCAGUAUUGCGAGUGACGCUGGCCAUGCUGAUGUGGUGUCGUUGCUGCUAGAGCAUGCGCACUUUGACGCCAAGGAAGUGCGCGGCCCUCGGCGUGGCGUGUGCGCACGGGCGAAUCGACGUGGUGAAGCUGCUCGUGGCAUGCCCCGCCAUGAACGCAAACCACGUGGAACUCGGUCUGUUUUUGGCUUGCCAAGGCGGCCAUCACACGAUCGUCCGAUUUCUCUUGGAAACGUCUCCGCACGCUGUCAACGUGAAUGCGUUGAUGGCGAUUCCGGGCCAAGAGAGCGCGACAUGCCUCAUCGUCGCAUGCGGCCAUGGCCACGAUCGAGUCGUCGCUGUCCUACUCGAGCACCCCUCGAUAGAGUUGAAUGUUGUCCAGGGGACGCCGUACGUGCCCCUCGUCCAAGCGUGUUCGUUUGGUCAUUUUGAAGUCGUGAAGCUCUUGUUGGGCCACCCCAAGAUUGACGUCCACUGCAAAGGCGCGGGGACCACGGCGAUGGCAGCAGCCCAAGCAGGCAAGCACGUCACGGUUCAGGCCAUUCUACGACAGCAUGUCGCACCCAAGUGCAGGGAGCCACCCCAGAAACGGCAAAAGCCCACCAGUCCGCCAGCAUCGCACCCCACCAAGCCUUGACAACGUCGUCCGUGUGCAACGUUUCGCCAUGCAUGACAUGCUUCGCCAGCAUCACAAAUAUCGGAAAUCGUCGAAACGAGAUAUGUGCAUAAGCCUGUGGUAUCAACUCCAGCGUCGAAACCGCAGACCCGUCGGACCACCGCGCAGCAAUGGAAAUCGACUGUGCUACCCUGUUGCUUGGACGCCAAGGAGGGCGAGAAUAUCCGGGCAGUCUUGGGCCAACAUGGCGGGC